UCUUCUAAUCGUGUUCUUCCGGUCGGAACUUCCUCUUCUCCUUUCCUCCUCCAUCGUGCAGAGGACUCCUGACUUGGAUUCUCACCAUGUCUUCUCACAAGACUUUCAGAAUCAAGCGAUUCCUGGCCAAGAAACAAAAGCAAAAUCGUCCUAUUCCUCAGUGGAUUCGUAUGAAAACUGGUAACAAAAUAAGGUACAACUCCAAGAGAAGACACUGGAGAAGAACGAAGCUGGGUCUCUGAGGAUUCACUCAAUGGCAAGACAGUUGAUACUGAAUUGUGGGUCAUCAAGCAAUCCUACCACAUGGAGUUCAACAUUUUAACCUGAAGACUUGGUCCUGUUUUAAGUUGGGAGUAGUUUGUCCAGUAAUAAAAUGUAGAACCUUCCAAACUGCUA